UCACCUGCCGGGAUGUAUUAUUAGACAUUCUUAUUAUCGGGUAGCCCAACAACCACGGCCACUUUGUCAUAUCUACCCUUAUACCGCGAUUGUUGACAAGUAUUUGCGUAUUUAUGUCACAGCUGAAUGGACUUAUGUGAAGAAAAAAGAUCAUGUUUAACGGUCCACGUUUUAGUUUAUCCUGUAAUAGAAAGCUCGUGGUGAUUGUCGGAUUGUCAUCUGCCACAGUUCUGUAUCUGGUCGGUGUUUAUGUUCCAUUUACCUGUACGGACGUUUAUGACUCACCUUUCCUCUGGGAAGGUUUUGGACCCGAACGAGGUUCAUAUUCAUUCACCGUUGUAACAUCAAUGAUCGACAUAGGACGCGGCAGAUGGAAUGCUCAAAGUAGAAAAUAUAAUGACUACCUCAUGUUCAUGUCCCAUCUUUUAAAACUUGAUGUCAACAUGGUUAUAUUCAUCGAGACCAAGGGUAGACCAUUCGUGGAGUGGAUGAGGCGAGGUAGAAAGAAGAGGACGUUGAUAUUACCAAUCACCUUACAGGACCUUCCAUACUACAAACACAGGGGGAGGAUGGAAGAGAUUAUGAAGAGUGUUGAAUAUCAAAACGACAACGAGCUUCUCACUGAUGGAGAUCACUGCGAAGCCAGAAUUCCUGAAUACGACAUUGUCCAGCUUUCAAAAAUACACUUGGUUAAUGAGGCAAUUCUUCGCAAUCCGUUUAACACGUCAUAUUAUUUCUGGAUCGACGGCGGAUACGGCCAUGGUGAAGCUGGCGUGUAUCCUUCAGAUGGUGUAUGGAAACCGGUCCUAGCACACUCGGACAAAGUGAUGUUACUACAGUUAAAACCCAUAGACGAAUGGGAGCACGUCCCGGACCUACAUAAGAAGAAUAUCAAUAUUCUAGCUGGGGGUGUUUUUGGUGGAGGUGUAGACGUUCUCAGGCGCUACCACGAGCUCCACGUGAAGUUGAUUGAUGAAUGGAUGAGGAAAGGGAUUGUCGAUGACGAUCAGACGGCAAACAUUCAGUUGUACUUCAGGGACAGGACUAUGUUUCACUUGGUUAGGUCGGGCUGGUUUGACUUAUUUAAAUUAUAAUUAAUAAUUACCAGGUCGUCUGCUUAUAAGUACAUAUGUUAAUAUUAUUAUUUAUUUAUUUUUAAAUCUCUAUAUUUUAUUAGAGAUGAUAUUACCGGUAUCCAUAUCAGUGGUGGAUCUAGGGAGCAGGGGCCCGCCCAAGGCCUCUCCCCCCCUAAAUUUUGAGACUGGGUUUUUUGGGGGUUUUUUUUUGUUUUGUUUUUUUACACGUUGGAGAAUCCGAUGAACCUCUUCAGGAACGUUUGUGGCCACAUGCCACUGGGGCCCCCUAAAUGGAUUUUCUGGAUCUGCCACUGCAUUUACAGUAAUUGUUCAGGGGGUAAACAACACGUGUAAAAACAGUACCGACACCCUCUGUAAUUCCCGUGUUUCAAGUCCGUGUUGUCAGUCAGAAACCCCGAUUUCUUGCAUACGACUGCGAUUUUUUUUUCUCGAUUCUGUUGCGAAAAAGGGAGUGACUGAUAUUAUAUAUUUUUUGAAAACCAUAUAUUUCGUGGAUGAUAUUAAACUUCAAAGUGUAUCAUA